UAAAGUAUGUAUGUAGUAUACUUAGCGUAAAAUGUUUUCUUGUUUUGUUUCAUUUUGUUUUAAGUCGUACUGAUUACGUUUCUUGGAUUAGCGACUUUACUCCACACACAGUCAAGCUAAUUUAAAAAAGAAAUACGCACAACUGAAGUGAAGCACUGAUUAUGGGUUAAAUUACCAAGUAAACCAAUGACUUAAAAUAAGACCUUUAAAAUAUAAAGCGAUAUUGUUUCAAAACUUUAAAAACUUUUUUUGUGCUGGUUCUUGAGAAGAUUGGCCGCAGCGGAAAUGCUAUCAAGUUCGCACUAACUCAUAUAUAAUUUUAUUUAAAUACUUUCAUUUUAAUUCGGUUCAUUGCAUUGUACAUUGAGAUCCUGAGCGUUCUGGUUGUUCAGCCUCCAGAAUUUUUUAAAAAUAAGUCAAAACGAUUUUGUUUUAAAGUUAGACUCUCUUACAUAAUAUACUAAGUAAAUUAUGUCUUACAUUUUAUUGCUCGCCUUUCUGGCUUUAAAAUGGCAGACCGAAGCCUUUAAUCUUUCACCUCAUCCCAACCGGGUGAUAAACUUUCCAAAGCAUCUAAAAACCCACUUAAACCAAACGCGAAGCUCCUACUUUGGCUUCUCGCUGGUCAUUCGCCCAACCAGCAUCUUCGUGGGCGCUCCUCGGGCCCAGUCCACCUUGGAUUCGCAAAGGACAAUCGACGAGACUGGGGCGAUAUUCAGGUGCCCCCUGGAAAACGGAGAUUGCUUUCCCUACGCCCUGGACUCCGAGGGAAAUGUUGAUAGGACCUACGACAUCAGGAUCCUCAGCUCGAGGCACAAGGACUACCAGUGGCUGGGCGGCUCGAUGGACGGAGGUCCUUUGGAUCUGGACAAGCUCCUCGUUUGUGCCCCUAGAUGCUACAAUCCCCAGGAGAGGAAUGGCCGUAUGCACGGCGUUUGCUACUGGGUGCCGGACACCGUCUCCGAACAGCCAUCUCCGAGGAAAGUGCAUACCAUCUGGCCACUCCACAGGAGAGACAAGCAGUUGAGCUCGGACAAAACAACCUAUUUCUACAUGGGCGAAGUAGGACUCAGUGCUCAUGUGACAGACAAUACCUCCCGGUUCCUCAUCGGAGCCCCAGGAAUAGACAACUGGAGGGGAGGGGCGAUCCUGCACCAGCGGAAAGGGAAUGUUCGUCGUCGCGUUAUGCGGGACGUAGGCUCAGAGGUCUACGAAUCUGUGGUCCUUGAAUCGGGUCCCUGGGGAGAGCGGCGUGACUCGUACUUUGGCUACGCCGUAAGCUCCGGAAUCUUUAGCAUCGGCAACCAGACCACCGUCCUAUACGUGGCCACUGCUCCACGAGCCAACCGCAAUGCGGGAGAGGCGUACAUCUUUGAUGUGUCGGGGAAGAACAUGCGUAAGAUCCAUGUCUUCCAGGGCGAGCAGUGGGGCGAAUACUUCGGCUACUCCGUUGUGGCGGAGGAUGUCAAUGGAGACGGACUCGCGGACGUCGUCGUAUCAGCUCCCCUAAACGCUCGCGGGGAUUCCUAUGACUUGGGUGCCAUCUAUGUGUUUAUCAACAAAGGCCUAUUCAACUUCGAGAAGAAAAUUAUCCGGUCGCCAGCUGGCAGUAAGGGCCGUUUUGGAACUACUCUUUCGCGACUGGGCGACAUUAAUCACGACGGAUACAAUGACCUGGCGGUGGGGGCUCCCUUUGAAGGAAACGGAGUGGUUUUCAUCUACCUGGGCAGCGGUCAGGGCCUGCGGGAUGAUCCUAGCCAGCGACUGGAGGCUCCUGCCCAGCAACCUUCGGAGUAUGGCUCGUACAUGUUCGGUCACGGUCUCUCCCGGGGAUCGGACAUAGAUCGCAAUGGAUUCAACGACCUGGCCAUAGGAGCCCCCAAUGCAGAGGCCGUGUAUCUGUACCGCACCUAUCCGGUGGUCAACAUACACGCCACUAUUAAGUCGGAAUCGCGAGAGAUCAAGCCGGAUCAGGAUAAGGUCAAAAUCUCCGCCUGCUACCGACUGGCAACCCCAUCCAAGGCAAGGGAAGUGCAGCAGCAGGAGCUGAACAUCCGUGUAGCCAUUGACAAGAUGCUAGAGAGGGUCAAGUUCACAGAGAACCAGAACAAUGAGAUGAGCUUCAAGGAGAUGGCAGGUCCCCGGGAGCAGUGUCGGGUCCUCGAGGUGAAGGUGCGGUACAGUGAGAAGGAUCUCUUCAAGCCCAUCGAACUGGAAAUCUUUUAUGAGCUGGCCAACAAGGUUCCCAACUCGGAGGAGUUCUGUAAGACCUGCGCGGUUGUGGAUCCAGCGGAACCCAAGUCUUACACGGAGAUGAUCAGCUUUAUUACGGGUUGUGCCACUAACGUUUGUGUCCCUGAUCUGCAGCUGAGGAGCAAGGAUGUUGUUCCCAGUUACACUUUGGGCACCACAGACACCCUUCGUCUGAGUUACGAGGUGAUCAACCAGGGAGAGACUGCCUACCUGCCCCAGCUCAACGUGACCAGUUCACCCGGCCUGCCUUUUGCUCAGGUUCCCGGCAACUGCAGGGUCAGGGAGGAGGUAAUGGUGUGCAAUCUGAACGGCGGACGACCCCUGGCCAAUGGUGACAGCGAUUCCCUCGCCAUCACCUUCGAUGUGAGCCAACUCGGUGGUGAUUCACUGACCAUCGAAGCAGUGGUUUUCAGCACGGGCAUCGACAAGAAUUCCACGGACAACAAGCAGACCAACGAGAUCGUCCUGAGGGAGUUCACCGAGAUCGAUGUCAGUGGUGGUCCAACAGAUGGUCAAGUUGUUCUUAACAAACAUCCCUACUCCGCGGAAAUCACCAACAUUUACGAGGUCAAAAGUUAUGGACCCAGCACUAUCGAAGAGCUAACUAUGCUGCUUUUUGUGCCCAUCGCAUUUAAGAUGGGUGGUGCAGUUAAGCCCAUCUUUAAUUUAACUAGUCUCAAGAUGCAGGCCUCGUACGAUUCCCAUUUGCUGCCCAUAAAGCUCUACGAUGAGAAUAACACCCUGCUCAAUGAGUUCCCUUUGGAGGAAUCCCCUCGGGACGCUGAAAACGAUGACCAAAUCACCACUUCUGCGACCCGAGAACGCAGGGAUCUCGGGGGUCUGGCCUUAAAUCAGGAGGUGGAGAUCAUCGAAAAGGAUAAUCUGCCCAUAAAUCGAACCCUUGUGCUUAGCUGUCGGGAUCUUAACAAGACGAUCUGCAUCCGGUCAGAGAUGCGGUUCCGUGUUAAGCCUGAAAAACCUGUUAACAUUACCAUCAGCUUCCUAGUUGACCUAAGUUAUAUCCUGGAUCCCUUCGAGUACUUUGUCAUCCUAACCGAACUCAAGUUGCUCAAAGAGAGCGAUCCCGAAUCCAGUUCGUUGGUGAUAAGGCGAAAUAUCCAACCAAAUGUGAUAUACAAGAAUCUGGAUGGACUACCCAUCUGGUACAUAAUUUUAGCUGUAAUCGGAGGACUGCUCCUGUUUGGUUUGAUGACCUAUGGACUUCGCAAGCUUGGAUUCUUUAAACGAUUGAAGAGGGAUGAUCUUAAAAGGUUGGAGGAGGAAAACAACCUCAACGAUGACUCUCCGCAAGAUCAGGAUUGUGAGCCAGAGGACAUUGAACGCGAUGGACAUUCAGAAAACGGACAGAACGUCUGAAAGAAAUGCAAUAAUUUAUAAAAAACAAUCUUUUACUAUUUUCAUUCUUAAAAAAUACAACUUAAACAAAUAACUUAAGCCCAGAUUAGGAUAUUAGUACGUUUACGAAAUGUUUUUAAUAUUGCACAUACUUGCUAAGCUUUAAUAAAGCUAUAAUAAAGCGAAACUUAGUUCUACAA